GCCACGCUGAGACGCUGCGCUGAGACCCAGAGAAGGAAACGUACGCUGACGAACCUGCACGGACCUCGUAACGGCGCCCACAGUCUCACUCCCCCCCAAAAACAGCAGACCGCUGAACCAUGAAGACCGUUGUUGCUCUGCUGCUUCUCUGCCUGUGUGAUCCUGGACGCAGCGACUGCCAGACAGACUGCCUGUCCUGCAGCCACAUCCUGCCCAGAGGCCUCGGCUUCAACACCAUGGUGUGUCUCCUUGAGUGCAAAGGGAAUGUCUCCCCUUCCGUUUCCUGGAACGUCUGCCAUGCAGUCCUAUCAUCGCCCAUUUCUUCCCUCGACGGUACUCUGAAGAAAAGAUCUCAAGAAGAGGCCGAAGCUCUUUUUUCCAAAGAACAGAAGCCGACGGAGGGGGAUCUGAUCCUACCCGUGGCGUUACAGAGGUUUGAUCAUGUCACCCGGGCACUUGGGAUAAGUGAGAAGGACCUGGGUUACAAGAGCAGCGAGCUAAACGCCGCCUACGACUCCCAGAACGCCCUGUCCGUGGGCGAUGAGUACGAGGAGGAGGCGGAGGCGGGACGGGGGUUAGAGGAUGCCGGCGGGGCCCCGAGGGGACGAGAUGAUGCAGAGCUGAGCGUCUCCAAGAGGUUUGGGGGCUUCGUCAAAGGACGGCACAGCUACAGGAGGCUGAUGUCUCCGGGGAGAUCGUACCAGAAGAGAUACGGCGGCUUCAUCGGCAUUCGGAAGUCGGCCCGCAAGUGGAACAACCAGAAACGCUUCAGUGAAUUCCUGAAGCAGUAUUUGGGAAUGAGCUCCAAGGCCACCGGGUUCAAUAGCGUGUCAGACGACCUCAACCGGCAGAAUGAAGUUUAGCUGAUUGCACCUUUAAGGGCCAUACAUUGGAAAAAAAAAAAGAAAGAAAGAAAUAGCUGGUGUGUUUUCAUUGAUCUUGUUUUGUAUUACCGUCAAUUAUUUGCCAACUUUUAGGUUUGACCUAUUGAAUUUACACAAAAUAAGCCCAAAAUCUAGGACGGGGGUCAGCAACCCGCUGCUCUAGAGCCGCAUGCGGCUCUUUAGCGCCGCCCUAGUGGCUCCUGGAGAUUUUUCAAAAAUGUUUGACCUUUUUUUUCCUUCUUUUUUUCUUCUUUCUUCAACUUUUUUUUUCUUUUUUUCUUCU